UGUUGCAGGAAACCAUAUGUCUCUCUCUCUCUCUCUCUCUAUGUGCAAUCCAUCUCUUAUAUAAGAAGGUGACUUGUAGUUUCCAAAACCAAACCUUUCUAGCUGAAUUGAAUGACAUGGAUGUAAUUAUUUAUCUAGAUAAUGUAUUAAUCCCUUUGAGUCUCUUCCUGAUGGUGGGUUACCAUGCCUACCUCUGGCAUUGCUUCAAGUACAAAACCUCUCGAACCAACAUUGGAGUUGACGCAUUAAAGAGGAAAGCUUGGUUCCUAGACAUAAAAGAGGGCGAUGAUAAGAAGAGUAUGUUAGCUGUUCAAAGCUUGAGAAACACCCAAAUGGCGACAAUAUUUACAGCCACAAUAACAAUUCUAAUAAACACAGCAAUGGCAGCAGUGACAAACAACACAUACAACGCAAGCCAUCUACUGAGCAGUACAUUUUUUGGGUCACAAACAGGGAAAAUUUCUGUUCUAAAAUUUGGGGCAGCAUCUCUGUUUCUCAUAAUUAGCUUCCUUUGUACCUCUAUGGGGCUCGGGUUCAUGGUAGAUGCCAAUUUUAUGAUCAAUAUUGCUUCUGAUGAGUUGGUAUCACUUACAUAUACACAAAAAAUAGUCGAAAGAGGGUUCUUGCUGGCUCUUAUAGGGAACAGAGUCCUCUGUAUCACCUUUCCUUUGUUGAUAUGGCUGUUUGGUCCUGUGCCUGCAACUUUGUCCUCUAUUGCACUUGUAUGGGGACUGUAUGGUCUUGAUUUUCUGGCAACUUAGCCAACAGCCAGAACCCCUGCCUAUGAUUAUGUUACAGAAAAAGAUAUACCCAACACCAAAUCAAUCAAUCAAAAAAGAAAGGAUAAAAAUUUGUAAACCUGUAAAUAUUUGUGCAUUACACGGUUUGUAAUAGUUAUAUAUGGAAACUUUCCAUAAUA